GCCUUUGCUUUUCACGCCUAGCAUCGCAAGGCUACGAUAUGCACACUGCAUUUUCUAACAAAUACGUAUUUUGUUAUCGUUAACGAACAAGACUAUAAUAAUUACUCGUUAUAAGUCGGCCUUUAAUAUGAUGGUUAGCUGUGGUUGUGCACUUGAUCGUGGUCGUUCUCUACUGGAAACAUCAGCCAUUUAAGCUAGUUAGCCUAGUUGGUUAAAAAUGAGUUGCAACAAUCAGUAUCAGCACGGCCGGGAUUAUUUUAAACACAUGUAUCUACGACCGAAUCACAACCGUACUGAUAUCCAGCAACAAUGCGCUAUCUCGUUUGAUGUUGCUUUUAUACAACAGUUAAACAAGCACCGUUUAUUAGUUAGGCUAGGACCAAUGGAAACGGACUAUGAUUUUUGAUUUAUUUAAUCAUUUAUCUGGCUCCACCAACACAAAAUAGUUCCGCAACUCCGCUGUAAUGUAGAAACACAAACUUUUUGCAGAGAGACUGUCUCUCGGAUAGGAGAAACAUAUUAGAACAUAUCUCUUUACUGUUAAUAUUUUUGGGGUGCAAAGUGCUAGAAAUUCGUAAUGUGUAGGGCAGCAUCGGCCCUUACAGGCAGGCUUGAUAUGCGCAAGACAUGUUCGGGACACCAUUCGUUUUGGGCCAAUCGCGGUAGUGCUUAGCUGUCAGAGAGCACAUUUCUAAGAUGUAUUAGAGUUCAGUCCCUUUGCAGUGUUUAUUGCGGUUUUGACUCCUUGAAGCACAAUAAUAAUAAGACUUUAUUUAUAUAGCACAUUUCAUAUAAGAAUUGCGGCUCAAGGAGCUUUACAUAAAAUCAAUAAAAACAAUAAUACAAGUGAGAAAAGUAAUAAUUGAAAUAGCAAAUAAUAAUAUAAUUAAUGAAACUAGUAAAACCCUUCUGAGAUAAAAUUAGUGAAAUGCUUUGAUAAAAAGUCUGAUUGUGGCAGGUUCGGGCCCAUGGACCCGCCCACUAAACCCGGAGCCAAUCAGGUGGCUGAUGUGGUGUUUGUCAUCGAAGGAACAGCCAAUCUUGGCCCUUAUUUCGAAUCCCUGAGAAAAAACUACAUUUUACCUGCCAUUGAGUACUUCAACGGAGGGCCGCCUGCAGAGACUGAUUUCGGAGGAGACUACGGCGGCUCCCAGUAUGGCCUGGUGGUGUUUAACACAGUGGACUGUGCUCCAGAGUCCUAUGUCCAGUGUCUCGCACCGACCAGCUCUGCAUUCGAGUUUGUGUCCUGGAUCGACAGCAUCCAGUUCAUGGGAGGGGGUGCGGAGAGCUGCAGUCUCAUAGCAGAGGGCCUGUCUGUGGCUCUGCAGCUGUUCGAUGACUUCAAGAAGAUGAGGGAGCAAAUAGGCCAGACCCACAAGGUGUGUGUCCUGCUGUGUAACUCCCCCCCGUAUCUGCUGCCGGCGGUGGAGAGCGUCAGCUACACGGGCUGCACCGCCGACAGCCUGGUGAAGAUCAUCAGAGAUAGAGGGAUCCACUUCUCCGUGGUGGCCCCACGGAAGCUUCCGGCGUUGCGGGCGCUGUUUGAGAGGGCGUCGCCCGUGUCCGGUCCGGCAGAGCCCCCCCACCCAGACUAUAGCCAAGACCCCUUCCACAUGGUGCUGGUCCGGGGCAUCGCUCUUCCCCUUUCUGCAGGAGGAGGGCCAGGCCCGCUGAAGGCAGUUCUUCCCCCCCAGCCUCUGUCCGUCAGCCAGCCUCUUGGAGCUGCACCCCAGCCUCCUCCUCCAAUAAGCACGGCCCAUCCAUACCAGCCUGCAGCCUCCCUCAACGCGGCCCAGUUAGCGGCCCAGAUGGCUGUGGAGGCCGCCAACAACCAGAAGAGUCGUUUCCCAGGCAUGGGGAACCCGGGGCCUCCCUUCAGCGGCCAGCCCAGCCUGCCCUCUGUAGCCGGGGUGAAGCUGGCUCCCUCCAACCCGCCCAGCCUGGCCACCGUCACCACCGUCUCCACUCCCAUGAUGCCCCAGCAACAGCCCCCUCCCAGCCAGCUGCAGCAGGGGCCGCCCCCGGGGCCACCAGCACCCAAUCAGCAGCAAGUGCCUCCCCCCCAACAGCAGCCCUCGGUGAACCAGCAGCCCCCACCCUCCUCACAGCCUGGCAUGCCUGGCGUAUCUGCAGCCAACGCGAUUGGACAGGCGCAGCAAGGAGUAGCCAAUAAGAUAGUAGCAUGGAGUGGUGUUCUGGAGUGGCAGGAGAAGCCCAAAGCUGCAUCUAUGGAUUCCAACACCAAACUCACCCGCUCGCUGCCCUGCCAGGUGCAGGUGAACCAGGGAGAGAAUCUGAAUGCUGACCAGUGGCCACAAAAACUGAUAAUGCAGCUGAUUCCACAACAGUUAUUGACGACCCUGGGUCCUCUCUUCAGGAACUCUAGAAUGGUUCAGUUUCUCUUCACCAACAAAGACGUGGAGUCGCUGAAGGGUCUCUACCGCAUCAUGGCUAAUGGAUUUGCGGGCUGUGUGCACUUCCCCCACAGCGCCCCGUGUGAGGUGCGCGUGCUCAUGCUCCUCUACUCCUCUAAGAAGAGGAUCUUCAUGGGGCUCAUCCCCAACGACCAGAGCGGCUUUGUCAACGGCAUCCGCCAGGUCAUCACCAACCACAAGCAGGUCCAGCAGCACCGCUCGCUGGGCUCUGGAGGCCCCAUGGUGCCGGGACAGGUCCCCUCCAACCAGAACUUCCUCAACAGACCCACUGGACCCAUCCCCGUCUCCCACGGCAACGUCCAGCAGCAGUCUGUGGUGGGGGGUAUGUCUCCUCUUAGUCAGGUCUCUAUGAUGGAGGAUCAACACAAACAGAUCAGCCUGAUGACGAUGAGAGCCGCAGGCACAGCCAAUCAGCAGCCUCCAGUUACCGGCGCCCCGCCCAAUCAGGUCGCCCAGGGUGGCCAAGCCCCGCCCCAGGGGACUAUGCUUCGCCUUCCAAAUCCAGGAGCCAAUCCACAGCUGCGCAGUCUACUGCUCAGCCAACAGCAGCCACAGGGGGGCGUGCCCCACAUGCAGGGGAUGAUGUCUCACCAGGGCCUGGGCCAGCAGCUCGUCCACCCCACCCCAGGAGGGGGCGCUCAGAUGCAGGCGCAGUGGCGCCAGCCUCUCGGAGGCCAGAUGCUGAUGGGAGCCGGUCCGAGAGGCUCUGUGCAGGGUCCAGGGAUGCCUCAGGUCUCCAGCGUCAUGGAGGACGAGAUACUUAUGGACCUUAUUUGACCUCCGACCCCCCAGAGACUUAAACAAGCUGCUGUUUCAGACUGUGCACAUGAAUCCGCACACUCAUCACCCCCUUUCAGAGGAAUAAUGAUUACAUUUGUCUCCUGCUUCAUAUUCUUGUAUUGUUGAUAUAAAGUCUUUUUUUAAUGAGGUUUUACUUUCCUGAAGUUUUGUUUGAAGUAUUUACGAUGUUUAAAUAAUAAAUAGAAAUUAAGAUA